ACAAGUUAAAAGACAUUAAAGAAGUCUCUCUCUCUCUCUCUUUGACAUCGUCGUCUCUUUGCUGUCUUCUCACUCAACCCUGCUUCUCUCUCUAACCACCACUCCUCCGCCAUUCCCAAAUCCUCCGCCGCCGCCAAUGUAUCCAUCCAUUUCUUUCCUUCAUUCACCGAGCUCAACCCUUUCGCCAAUUUUCUAAACUUAUUCAUUUGUGUUUGUGUGCGUAUGCGAGAGAGAAAGUCUGUUGUCCAUGUCCGACGACUUUUUCGGUUUAACUUCAAAUUCGUCGGCUGAUUAAAAUCUAAUCAAGAGCAAAAUCACUUUCUACUUGCUGAUUUCGGAUUCCUAAUUGUUUGCUCCUGAUUUCAAUUUUCAGGAACAAUCAAUAAAUCGAGAGGAUUAUCCAAAAAAAAAAAAAACUUAAAAAAAUGUUUGGGCUGUGUAAGUCGUGCUGGGACAAUGACGAUGGAGAAAUUCAGGAGGAACCAGAGCCGUUCUCUCUUCCUUCACCUCUUCCGCCAUGGCCUCAAGGCAAAGGUUUUUCGACAGGGGAAAUCAGCCUCGGGCAGAUUCGAGUAGCUAAAAUUACCAAAUUCGAGAAGAUUUCGAGCUGCAGCCCGGUGCUUGGGAAGGGUAACGCAAUUACAUUUUACAGACCGGUCGGGAUUCCGGAUAGGUAUUAUUGCCUCGGUCACUAUUGUCAGCCGAGCGAUCAGCAAUUACGAGGGUACGUUCUUGUCGCAAAAAGUAUAUCGACCGAUAAUUCUACGAGUUCGGCGCCUCUCGAGAAGCCUCUUAACUACACUAAAGUGUGGAGUUCGAGUUCUCGUCGGGAAUGUGUCUAUGUAUGGCUGCCGAAUCCUCCGCAAGGUUAUAAAGCAGCGGGUUUCGUGGUCACGGCGGAGCCCGACGAGCCCGAUGUCGGGGAAGUACGGUGUGUCCGAGAAGAUCUCACCGAAAGUUGCGAAGUCGGCGCCGCUAUAUUCGAUUCGAAGGCUAUUUUUUCGAAGGACAAGUUUUACGUUUGGAGCACGAGGCCUUGCGAGAGAGGAUUUUUAUGUGACGGCGUGCCCGUUGGCACGUUUUAUUGCAGCCGGGGCGAGAAUUCCGAUUUAAGUAUCGCUUGCUUGAAAAACCUCGACGCGUCGUUAUCCGCAAUGCCGACUCUCGACCAGGUCGAUGCUCUAAUCGAACACUACGGACCGACUCUGUAUUUCCAUCCCGACGAAGUGUACUUGCCCUCGUCGGUUUCUUGGUUUUUCGAAAGCGGUGUGCUUCUGUACGAAGAUGGGAAUGAAAUUGGGAUUCCCGUCGAUUUGAAGGGCUCGAAUCUGCCCCGCGGCGGGAUAAACGACAAGCGAUUCUGGCUCGAUUUGCCGAAGGGCGACGAUAAACGGGAUCUCGUGAAGUGCGGCGACAUCGAUUCCGCCGAGCUUUACGUCCACGUCAAGCCGGCCUCCGGCGGGACUUUCACCGAUAUCGCGAUGUGGGUUUUCUGUCCGUUCAACGGUCCGUCGACAAUCAAAGCCGGAUCGUUCAACUACGAGUUUGAUCGGAUCGGGGAGCACGUCGGCGAUUGGGAACAUUACACUCUCCGGUUAAGCAACUUCGACGGCGAGCUUUGGAGCAUAUACUUUUCCGAGCACAGCGGCGGCGGGUGGCGGAAUGCGGCGGAGCUAGAAUUUGUCGACGGGAAUAAAUCAGCCGUGUACGCGUCGAAGAACGGGCACGCAAGUUUCCCCCACGAGGGUUGUUAUCUUCAGGGGUCGGAUAAGCUCGGGAUCGGCGCUCGGAACGAUUGCGCCAAGAGUAAAUACGCGGUCGACUCGAGCAGACGGUACAAAAUAAUUGCCGCCGAAUACCUCGGCGACGCCGUCCCUCAGCCGUGUUGGCUGCAGUACAUGAGAGAAUGGGGUCCGACGAUCGUCUACGAUUCUCGAUCGGAGCUCGAGAAAAUACUCAGCCACCUCCCGUUUUUUCUCCGAUUCUCGUUGGAGAGCUUUAUCGAGCUGUUCCCAACUGAGCUCUACGGCGAAGAAGGACCGACUGGGCCGAAGGAGAAGGACAAUUGGUUCGGCGACGAACGUUGGUGAAAUCGGUUGUGUUCUCCGUAAGGAAUCGAAUCCGAUUGAUUCUAUCGGUUGGGUCGUUUGCUAUGCUCGAUCGAUGAGGGCUUUAACACAUACUUGUUGUGGCGUCGUCGGCGAUCAGAUCGAACUGGGUUCGAACGCGAUUCGUGUUCGACUCGACUCGACUCGGCUUUGUUUGGAUUAUUGGUGUAUUGUUUGUAGGGAUUGUGGUGUUUGGGAUAGUAGUUAUGUUGUAGCAAUUUAGUUGCUACCUUGUGUGGUUGUGCAGUGUUGUGUUGUUAGAAGAGUUAUACUCUUUAUGUUUCUAUCUAUUUGCUUUCUUUUAUAAUCCAAAUUUAUUCUCGUUUUUUUUU